GUUAUGGUAUGCCAUCGGCUACUGUUCAUUGCUUGCUUGUGUGUGAUUCUUGCUAUAUAUUCGGGUGCCUACUGUGCUCCUCAAAAGAAUAGAUUCCUACUGAUCAACGAAGAAGGUCCAUCAUUCAUGAAACGCUCACAGUCCUUCUAUCCAGAACAACCAAGGCUUGUACUGCUGCGUCUAUGACAGAACGAUACAAACGUUUUUCUCUGAGCUUUAAG